CACAUAAGGACCGUUGAAGGGAUGCACAUAAGCGAAUUAACGGAAGAAACGCGUGAUCCCACAGGUAUAAAGGGCCGCGGCAAACAUGGCAGCGGUCAUUUGAAAAUUUAAAACAACGCGAGAAUGAGCUCCACAAGUAGCAUCCUAAACAUCAUGGCCUCACCAACCUGGGCCCAACUGAGGCUGAGGAAGCCAUGUUGUUGGAGCUAAGCCCCACGACAGCGCGGCCGAAACCCUACUCCAAGCUUGACGAACGUUCAGCGAAGAGCAGUGGCGGAAGCGAAGCGCGUCGCGGGGUGGAUACCCCAGCAACCACGACGAAACAGAGUAAACGGUGUAGAGCGAGGCAGGAGUCAAGCUCAACGGCAGCGCGGCCAAAAUCAAAAUCCGGAGUGAACGAAUGUUCACCACGGAGGCAUAGUGGAGGCGAAGCGCGUCGUCGGACGGAAACUCCUGUCAUCGUGGCAAAUACAGCCAGGGAUUGGCUGUGUCACCGCGGCUGCAAAAGAAAGACGACGCGCCAAGGAAGAGGAAGUGCAGAAGGAGCAAAAACGUCAGACAAAGCAGGACACGGCUGAGUCCCCGGACAUGACAGUGCUGUUGGCGAUAACAUUGAUGUUGCCACCAGCAGACCCGGAUCCAGAACCGCCAACAGCGGAGAAGCGCCAGACAAGGUCGCAGGCACGGCCAGAGCCUGAAAAAGAUGCCGAGGCCAAGACACGGGCAACGGCGGAGGAGAAAAGGCUGGCCAGAAGGCAGAAGAGGGCCCUGUGGCGCGCAAAACAACAGGUAGGGUGGAAGAAGGCACAGAA